CUCACUACGGUUUCCGUAAUUGCUGUAAUUGCUGUAGUUGGGGUAGUUAGUGCAGUUAGUGUAGUUAGCGUACACACUAACUACAGCAACUACACAUACUACACCAACUGCACCAACUACAAUAACUACAGCAACUACACCAACUAUACGUGCUACACUCACUACAGUAACUACACCAACUACACGAACUACAGCAAUUAGUAACUAAACGAACAACACUAACUACACCGACUACACCAACUACAUCAACUACACUAAUUACACUAACUACACCAAACAUUAACUUAUCAUACUACACCUAGUCAUGAACUUUGUUCUACUAUACUAAAUACAUCUCUAUAUUCGUGACGGUUAUCAUGAACCCAUUACCCUAAUGAGACUGUUUAACCAAUCGGAUCAGACUUACGUCAGCAUUCGGUUUGCACUAAGCAGCUGGUUUCCUGGCUGAUAUAAAAAUGGGUGUUACACUGAUUUAGCAGAGAAUUGUAAAAUAGAAGUUGUGCUAACUGCGUGACAUUGGACUAAAGAAUAAAAAGGAGUCAAUUGAACAAAGUAAUCGUCUGUUUGUUGUGAGAACCAGCUAGUUCCCCAGAAAGGUGCUUCAACACAACUUCAAAACAACAACUUUGGCACAUUGUAGGCUUUCACUUUUUAAUUAUUAAGAAACGGUCCAGAUAAGAACGAUAGCAACAACAGCAACGAACAUAUUGGAAUGCAAAAAAGGUGCUAACUUUUCUUUUGUCUUUACUUACUUCUGAUUUGCUUAAACAGCAAAAGUUAAAAAUACUUCAUAAAGCAGUACAUAUAUUCAUCCUUACUUUCCAACCAUCUUCCAUAUAACAAAAUCUGGUCUCAGUUUGAAUAACAAAGAUAUCCUAUGUGGGAACAUGUAAAAUUGUAAACUUUUCUUGGCUAUUGUUUUCAACUCUCGAAAAAUCUUUUAACACAAAAAAACACCCUUUCAAAGUGGAGUGUAAAUGCAUUUUAUUGCGUAAACGGCCUUCAUGUAGGUUUCUGCAUUUUCUGUGUAAAAAUGAGAACAUUCCUAUGUGGGGAAAGCACCGUUGCCGCAUAACAAAGGAAAUUGCUAUCCACCUUACCGGGAUCAUUACUUAAGCAAUAACAACAUGGCUUGAAGCUUUGUUGGUAAAUAUGAGCAAGUUAUUACUUAUGUUUCAUGGAAAAUUCAAUUGUAUCAAAACUAUAAACGUUGUAAAGAAAAGGAUAGUUCAAAUGAGGCCUUUGACUGCUGAAAUUAUAAACAAUAAUUAAAUUUUGAGCAACAGCGUCAUCAGGGAUAAGAAAAAUGUUUCGCGUGGUAAUAUACGUAAGAAAAAAUUGGUGUAAANAUCCACUUACGUAACAGAAAAAUGCCCUUUAAUGCCCUUGUUUUUACUUUACGCUCCAAAGUAGAAUUAAAUUGGACACGGGCUAUUCGACACGUGAUAGCUCAAUCCGUAAAAUUUAGUAAAAUUGCCAAAAAACUGAACAUAGAUUUGUGCCAAUUUUUUUCUCACCGAAAGGAAACACUGUCCUUAUUAAAAUCAUGAAAUAAAAAAUGGGGGUCACCGUACUCGUUUUUGCGGUAGAGCUGCAGAACGUGCGCGCCAAAUGCAUUUUCCUUGAUUUUUGAGAGAGGACUGGGGCGAGUUUCAAAAUAGAAUGUAUGCGAAAGGGGGAAGGAAGUAUUAAAAAAUCCGUUUUUACAGAAUUUACAUCGAGAUAUCACAUUUAGGACACAAUGUGAUAAAGAAAGCGUUUAAAUGAAAAUCAAAGUGAAUAAGCACUAACAUCCACUAUCGAGGUUCUCCGUGAGGAAGUCGAACUCAGCAACACGCUUACUGCUUACGUUAUGCACAUUCCCACCACAUUGAGUCUCACCUCGGAAAAAAACAACCGCAAGCAAAAAUUGCAAUAGAGUUUCUCUUCGGUCAACUUCAUUUUAAUGAUGUUACUUCACAUGCUCUUUUUUACGGAGGUUAUCUUGUUAUGCGCAGUAAGAGAUGCGCAGUGCAAAACCUGGGAAUCACCUUAAGCUUAAUAGCGAAAACUUCGGUUGAAGAGUCAUUUCGACAAAGCAGUUAUCUCGAAGAUUUCACGCUAAUGAGGGUAAUGGAUUCAUGAUAACCGUCACAAAUAUAGAGACAUUCCAUGUCCAAUUAGCCCACUACGGUUUCCGUAAUUGCUGUAAUUGCUGUAGUUGGGGUAGUUAGUGCAGUUAGUGUAGUUAGCGUACACACUAACUACAGCAACUACACAUACUACACCAACUGCACCAACUACAAUAACUACAGCAACUACACCAACUAUACGUGCUACACUCACUACAGUAACUACACCAACUACACGAACUACAGCAAUUAGUAACCAAACGAACAACACUAACUACACCGACUACACCAACUACAUCAACUACACUAAUUACACUAACUACACCAAACAUUAA